AUGGACGAAGUCGCCGUGUUUCGGGCGUCAAAGCGUCGAAAAGUCAACCGGGCCCAACAGGAAAGAUCGCCGGAACCUGCAGCACUGGGCGCGUCGACGCCGCCUUUAAGAGUGGAGGACAAGCAGGAUGACACCGACAAACCUCAAAACGAGGACGACGACCGGUCGGAAGUCGAUCUCUCUCACCUAAUCCGGGCUCGCAAGCAGCUUCGCCGACCUGUGGCGGGCGUUUCAUUCUCAAACGCAAGAACAACACACAACAGACCUGACGAUGAUGGUUUCGAUUCGGCGAUUGUCAAAGCCGACCAAAGCGUGGACAAGCCUCUCGACAUCACCAAUCGGUUUGUGAGUAGUACUGGACAAGUGAUCGAUGUCGAUCAACAUAUGGUGGCAUUCAUAGACGCCGAGUUGGCUAGAAGACGACAACGCACUGUUUCCCCUUCCAGCCAUACCCAGCAGCCAACGCAGAAGGGUGACGCUGUUCCCAAUCCGUCGUCAUCCCAUUCCACCGCCGACAAACCAACGACGUCCUCGGCAAUACCCCCUCCAUCCCUCCCAGCUUCAGUGCGUCAACUGUCCGAAGUCGACCUGGGUUCUCUGGCUCACGACAUCAAUCUCGCGCGUACCCAAGCCGCUCUGCAGCGCGCCAAAGCCGGCCAGCCGCCCGUCGCGGAGGAAGCACCGGCGCCGAAACCUCGCAAACCGCGCAUCGGUCGCGACGGAAAGCCGAUGAGGCCUCGGCCCCGGAAACGGCGCAACAGCGAGGACCUGGCGCGCGACGCGCUCGUGGAGCAGGUGCUGCAUGAGCACAAAUUCGACAUCUACGACGUAAAUGAUCCACAGUUGUCUCGACCAUCGGCUGGGGCAGAUGCGGAAGCCGGUGAUGCGGAUGAACGGCUGGCCGAACAGUUCAGGCAGGAGUUUAUGGAUGCUAUGGCUGAGAGACACCAUAGGCACAAGGCGCCCAGUCAGUCCAAGACCUCUGGCGCGGCGGCCACGGAGCCCAAGGGGCCGAAAUUGGGAGGAGGGAGGAGCGCCAGGCAGAAGAUGGCUCUGCUACAGCAGCAGCAACAACAACAGCAACAGGGUCAGCCGUCUGGGAAGAAAUAG